CUCUGCUGCGCGCCACAUUCACCAUGUUGACGCGAGGAAGAGCAGCGUCUGAGAGGAGCGCACCUUCACUUCGCCUUUAAACAUAGCCUACUCAACUCCACAGCCAGCUGUCAUGUCCUGUACUGGGGAAACCAUCUCUGCCAAGAACGAGAGGGAGUCUACUUGUCCCAUCUGCUUGCAGCUGUUCUCUGAGCCAAUGUCUCUGCCCUGUGGACAUAUCUACUGUCUGCCAUGUUUACAGACCAUGUCUGCAGGACUUGAUCAAAACAACUGCCCUGAAUGCCAGCAGGAGUACGGUGGAACUGAUGCCUUGGUGAAGAACAUGAAAAUGUGCAGCAUGGUUGAAGCACAUAAAGCUGCUCUUGGAAGUGAUGUCAAUGCAAACAAAUCAUACUUAGACUGUGGCAAAGAAAUGACCGCAACAGAACAUAGAGAGGUAACAUGCUAUUGCUACCAAGCAACCGAACCAGCUCAGAGCCAAUUAAAGGAGCCUGAGAAGCAGAAUCCCCUGGAGGUCCAAGAUGGCUACAGGACUGAGUUAGAUUCCUCAGGGCCCCUACCCGUAUCUCCUAAACAGCACCUGCCCACUCCACCUAAACCAGAAAGCAACGCAUCAAAGAAAACGGAGAUGGACGAACCUAAAUUCCGACUGGCCUCCCAACUCACAGAGUUGACCGUCAGGUUAGACAUGGCCGAGUGUGCUCUGAGGAAGGAGAAGGAACGGGAGGAGGAGGUGAGUGCCGCCAAUGAGGAGCUGAGAGCGGCCGCAGCAAAACUUCUUCAUGACAUCCAAGCUCUGUCCCUGACCUACAGUGAGGCGGUGACCCAGUUAAUCGAAGGAGAGCUGAGCCCGGGUGAGGGUAGCCUACGCACCAGGGUGAGUCAGGCUUCCCAGCUGACCGAGCAGCUGAGACACACAGUGCUCAGCGCAGAGUCCCUGUUGACCGAAGACGACAAAGCCACGUUCACCGAGGAUCUGAACCUCCUGCAGCCACGCAUCGUGCAGCUGAUGAGCCAGCCUCAGGCGGGGGAAGAGGCGGAGCCCGGAACCGCAUCGAAAAGGAACGUCUCACUCGCUUGCGCCAAGCUGGAGGCAGCAAACGCUGAUUUCAAGGCGGGCACGGGAGACAUUCACCGCGCGCUCCGGAACCUUCUCAACCCGUCGGAGGUGACCUUCGACCCGGACACCGCCCACCCCAACCUGGUGCUGUCGGGUGACAUGAAGACGGUGACCUACGGUGCCACCAAGCAGGCCUAUCCGACCUCUCCGGAGAGGUUCACCAGCUUCCUCCAGGUGCUCAGCAGCCAGAGCUUCUCCGGUGGGGAGCACUGCUGGCGGGUGGAGCUUGAAGGCGCCCCGUGGGCCAUCGGCGUAUGCUACAGCGGGCAGCUGGCCCGCAGCGGGCUGCCCAGCGCACUGGAGAGCAGCCGCAGCUCCUGGUGUCUGAUGUGGUCCGAGAACCGCCUGAGGGCUUUCGAGCGGGGUCACGAUGUGCCGCUGAAGUUAACCACACUGUCACGGACUCUGGAGGUGCGGCUGAGCUUCAAGAGCCACAGCCUCAGCUUCUACAAUGUCUGCCUGAGCGGGGAAAAGACACACGUGUACACCUUCAAUGCUGUCCUCACAGAGCCGGUUCACGUUGCGUACAGGAUGAUGUCCGCACACCCCAAAGCUCGUAUCACUAUUGGGGAGGCGUUACUAUAAGACUUUUCUAUUAAGUGCCGUCGGUAAUGAAACGAGAGACACUUUAUCAAAUAUGGUACAGAGAGAGAAAGUGUUUUUGUAUAUAUUUGAAGGGACUACAUGUAGGAUUUUACCAUGCAUUAAUCUAUUAAAUGGGCAAUAUAAGAACAGGUUGUCAUUUACGUCACAACAAUUGGGCCCGGAAAGAACAAGACCGGAAGAGACAUGUGAUGAUGGCAAGCGUUGGUAAUUGCAAAUAUUCUAUAGUGCAGAAGCUUAACCUAUAAAUAUACCUGUAUAAUAUGCUGUGGGUCAAACCGCAAUAACUUUGUUAGGUGAUUUGACAAAGGUUUUGGAUGACGGAACAUUUUCGUAAUGAGUAACUGAUGCCAAGACCAAAUAACCACAGAUAAAUGUAGGACCCCGUCAUGGUUGCUUGCAACUAUAUUUAUUGUUAUACUUGUAAAAUAAAAAAAUCUUUAUUAAUCCCUGGUAUUUGACAUAAAAUGUUACAUAAAACAUUCAAGAAGAUUAGGAGGAUUAUUCUACAUCUGAAGACCUGGGUUCAAACAAUUUGUGGGGUUAGUCUGCAUUUACAAUGAUUGAAUGAUAUAUACAUUUCAACGAUUACUAUAGCAAAUGAGUGGAGUUGUGUUCCAAGAUGUGGAGAUCUGAAAAUUUUCUGAUUUUCUUAGUGCCUUCGCUGGCCUGGUUCAGGAAGUAUAGGUCAGUGAACUUUGAUCGAAGGCAGACAGCAGGACGUGUCUUCUGUCACUCCGCUAAAAAAGUGUUUCAUUGAUCAAACCAAAAUAAUUGAGCUAAUGAUUCACACACAUUGUAUAAAAAAAAAAGUUUUCCGAACAAUCCAGAUCCCUCGAAAUGAAUGUAUAUUUUCGACCAAUCAGAUCGAUAGAAAUGCUUCUUUCUUUCCGACCAAUCAGAUCGUUCGAAAUAAUAACUACGCUAUGUAAACUACAUUAAUCUGCCUUUUUAUCACUGUGACUUAAAUAUGUAAAUGUAGGGAAAAGGAGAGAGAAAAGGGCUAAAAUCCUAUGUUUUGGACAUUCUCAACAAAACUCUUUCACUUAAUUAGGCCAUUCAACAUUUCCUUACGUCUUAAACUAUGUUGCUUUAUUUAAACAUAUUUUCACCAUCAUCUUGCACUACAGCAGUCGCCACUUUUUAAUAGGUCCAUGACGCGUAUCCAUGACCCUACCCACCGCCCUUUAAAAAAAGACUAACUUCCGGUCCUUGCUCUCGCGAUAACUUGUGUGCCCAGCGGAGAGCGUCUCAGCUGACCAGUGGGGGAAUUUGGCCUCGACAUCAUGCUGGACGUAGUGAGAUUUGCGCAAUAUAAUGGCAGCACUACACCUUCGCCUUUGGAGAACAUAUCAACAUUCCCGAC